AUGUCUGGAUGGAACUUUCCUUGCAAGAUCGUGGCUGUCUGUCGUGACAAGGUGGAAGGCCAGACACUGCUCAGCUUCACGGCCAAGGCCAACGCAGGUCUGCGUCCGCCGUACGAAGUCCUACUUUUCGCCCAGCCCGACGAGGAUGUCCAUGCCGUCCUCAGGGCCAAUUCGGACGCCAGUGCCUUUGAUCAUGUACAGCCGCUGAAAGAGAAGGAGUAUUCGGGCAAGGCCAUCGAAGACUUUCCGUUUACUUACUAUAAAGAAGUCUACGGAUCCAACGCCGAUGGCGAUCACCUUUUGACCAGCGACGUUGCUUUGAUCCAGCUCCGCGCUGCUGCAGGCAAACACGGACGAUGCUUCGUUUGCGUUAGCGUUACGGACCGCGAAAUCCACCCGGCCCAAAGCGAGCCGACGAUCGGGUUUGGCUGCGCUUUCGACGACGUUCCCGCCGCCAUCGCCGGGUUGGACGAUCUGAGAGCGAUAUGCAGCCGCGCAGAAGGCGCUCGACACAUGCGCAACCAGGCAUUCAUGUGCGGUGGGAUUUGGAACCCAGAAAUGCUGGCCAAAUUGCGCGCUGCCGAGGCCAGCAACCCUCGUGUUCUCCGCGCGCAUCUGGACCUCGUGGCUUUCCCGCCGUUUGUGGGCCAGAUCCGGCGCGAGGCGGACCCGGCCUACCACCGGGGCAGGCCGAUCCUGACCCCGCUGUUCAUCACUGCCGCAAACGUCACGCUCGAGACGAUCAACGAAGUCCUCACCGCGGCCGAGCGGGAUCAGGGCCAGCGGGCGGACAAAAGAAUUGACCGCUACGCCGUUGUGAGCAACCUCGAUCCCGACAGCGAUUCUUCGACGGAUGGCCCCGCGGUUCCGCCGCUGCAGACCCUCCCUGAACUGCCGAGGGAAUUCGUGCAUGCCUCCCCAGAGGCCUGCGCGGCGUUUGCCCGCAGCCGCUUCCCGGCCCAGGCGCAGCUGAUCAAAUGGAACGAGUUCGUCGUGGUCGACGAGCUCACCGAGUCCGAGAGGACCGUCAUCGUCGGGGCUCACGAACCAAACCACGGCCUUGUGCUCAACCGGGCGGCUUUCGAUCGGGCGUGGAACAUCCAAGCCGUCGUCGAGGUCUCGGCACAGUCCCAUGAUAUGCGAGCUGAUGUCACCUCCAGGACCGAGGGUGGGGCCGAUCGGGAGAUUUGCUGA